AUGGCCGAAGAGGAAGUUAAGGAGGUUCCUGUUCUUCAAAAGGCCACAGUUGAAUAUUGCCCUAAGUGCGAUGUUCCACUUUGCUAUUGCCGUUUCUUCAAACUCCACGGAGAAGGCGGUGAAGGCGAAGCCGAAGGAGAAGACGCUGAAGCCGAAGCUGAAGAUAAGAAGGCUCCAGCCAAGGGCGGAAAGAAUGCCAAGAAGGGUGCUGCCAAGGAUCCAAAAGACCUUCCAAAGAUUCAGAUCAUUGUCAAGAAUCGCAGAGCUAGAAAGUUCCUUACAACAGUUUCCAUGAUCGAGCCAUGGGGUCUUGACUUGAAAGAAUUAACAAAGGCUAUCAGCAAGAAGAUGUCAACAUCCUGCUCUACAAAGAAGAAAGAUGGCAUGACACAGAUCAUUGUUCAAGGUGAUGCUCAACAACCACUCAAGGAUAUUCUCAAAACACAGUUCAAAGUUCCACUUACUUCAAUCCAAGUUACAAUUAAGCAGAAGAAGAAACCAGAGCCAGAUCAGCCACCGCCACAAGGCAGAUUUAACGAAGAAGAGGAUGAUGAUUCCGAUUAA